AUGUUAACUACUCUUUUGAAAAGAUCAUUUACUUCAUCUACCCAUAUCAAACCCAGAGUAACAUAAUUACUCAUCAAUGGAAAGUUCGUCAAUUCAGCUAGUGGAUAGACUUUCGACACAUUUAACCCUGCCACUGAAGAAAAAAUUGCCUCCGUCUAGGAAGCUGGCGCUGAAGAUGUUGAUAGAGCAGUCAAAGCUGCCAGAAAAGCUUUUGAUGAAGGUCCAUGGAGAAGAAUGGCAGCAUCAGAAAGAGGGAAGCUUUUAUGUAAAUUAGCUGACCUUAUUGAUAAGAAUGUUGAAGAGCUUGGAUAUUUAGAAGCCUUAGAUAAUGGAAAGCCAGAAAUGAUUGCUACUCAAGGUGAUGUCCCAUUCUGUGCUAUGACACUAAGAUACUACGCUGGAUGGGCUGAUAAAAUACAUGGGAAGACUAUUCCUGUGAAUGGACCAUACUUUGCUUAUACCAAAGAAGAACCUGUUGGAGUGUGCGGCCAAAUUAUACCCUGGAACUACCCUACUGUCAUGGCUGGUUUGAAACUUGGACCUGCUCUGGCUACAGGUUGCACAUUAGUCUUGAAACCAGCUGAAGAUACUCCUUUAACUGCCUUGAGGAUUGGAGAACUUGCUCUUGAAGCAGGAUUCCCAGAUGGAGUUAUAAAUAUCUUGCCAGGACUUGGUUCAACAGCUGGACAAGCUCUUGUUUAGCAUCCACUUGUCGAUAAAAUUGCGUUUACAGGUUCAACUGAGGUUGGAUAUUCAAUUAUGAGGAAUUCACAUAAAGACAAUCUAAAGAGAAUUACUCUAGAACUUGGAGGUAAAUCACCAAACAUUGUGAUGGACGAUGCUGAUAUUGACUAAGCACUUCAGCUUUCAGCUAUUGCCUCAUACUUUAAUGCUGGCUAAAUUUGUAUUUCUGGAAGUAGACUUUAUGAAAAUUGGAAAUCAAUUUGA